AUGGACCCGGUCCCCAUAUCACAAGUACCGUUCGAGGAAAUACAAGAUCAACAAAACCCUAAUCCAGGUAAUCCUAUAGUUGAAUUACACGGGAACAUCACAAUCGAUCUACCCCCUACGAAUGAAAUUGGGGAUAAUGCUAAAUGUCCCCAAACCGAGGAAGAACGCCCUAUAACUGGAGGUAUUGAAUCUUCAUCCCCACCUCCUCUGUCCGACAGAGAACAGAGAAAACGGAGAAGAUCUGACCCCUACGAAGGGGCAGAUCCUAGAGCGAAAAGGCCUAGUGACUUUCCAGUUUCAGCUAGACCCCAACAAGAAUGGGAACCCGAAAGAGAAGUCUCUGUUUGUGAUAAAACCCGUCCGGAAAGGAAGAAAAAGAAAAUGUCUGUUAGGGAAAAAGGAAAACAGAAAGUAGUUGUUGAUGCUGACCUGUCAAAACUACCCAAGCCCUACAGUCCAAAAUUCUUGUCUAAAGACAAUUCCAAAGCAUGGAAUAAAUACUUGGAGAAAAAGUUUAUCAGCCAAAAGCUUCUAAUACUAGACAGACUGGAGAAUUGUGAACAAAUCACUGAGGUUCUAACAAGAACCAAACUCUUAGGAUCAGUCAUUAAUAUUGAAUCCUAUGAAGAACUGGCUGUGAGAGAGUUUUACUGUAACCUCACCAAAAACACAUCAUCUCCCACCAACCCUAUGUAUGGAAAAGCAUAUCUGAGAGGAAAAUUUUAUGAUUUCAAUCCAGAAAUCAUCAUUGCCCACCUAGAAACAACCAGUGAAGAACAAAAUAUCCAACUAGAGAGUGAGCAGGUUAUUCAAGAGCUCACAGCUGGAAACGUGAGUUAUGACAAAAAGAAAAUCAAGGCUGCCUCACUAACUAGCAAAUAUGCUAUACUACAAAAGAUUGCUCUUGUGAACUGGAUGCCUUCUCUACACGAAACAACGAUCAAAUGGAGUUUGGCAGAGCUCCUAUACAAAACUGGAAAGGGAAUCAAGGUCAACAUCGAAAAUAUUGUGUAUUCACAAAUCAUAAAUUUGGCAGAAAGUAGUGAAUCAAAAGCUUCCCUCAUUUUCCCAAAUCUAAUCCAGUCUAUCCUAUCCAAGCAAGGACUGAAAUCACAAGGACCAAAAACACAAGUCAAAACCAUCAACACAACAAUGAAGCUGAAAAAGGGAAGUCACCAAAAUGAUCUCAAGGCCUCAAUUCCAACGGAUGAUCCAACUGACCAACAAACAUUGAUCAAGUACUUUGAGAAAAGGAUACAAGAAUUAGAUGACUCGGAGAAACAGUUGUUACGAAAACACAUGGAAAUCAAAGAAGAAAAAGCUGAAGUCCUAUAA